CUGCGCCACGAGUGAGUUGCCGUAAUCGGGGCUUUCUAGAGGGAGAGUAGGGGAGACGUCAUAAGGUGUGCCGGGAAAAUGGUUGCGCCUAUCCUCAGGGUUGUGUUGCAUGGAAUGCGAAGUAACCGACCUAUUAGUACUAGUGCUGUUCUCUGCAAACUGGGGAUACCUCUGGGACCAAUGCCUAAUGAAAAUAUAGAUGUCAGCAACUUGGAGGCACUGGAGAAGUACCGCAGCUUUACUCGCUACUGGAAGGCUGCAGAAAAAGAGAGCAAGAAACCUAACUGGUGGCAGACCUACAAGAAAUGCAUCACUCCAAAACAAGAUGAAGAAGCGAAAAUAGACAUUAGUCUACCUUAUACUCGGCCACCACGAAAACGAACACUUAUGGAGAGAAAAGCUAUAAUGAGACAGAACUUCAACAAUGCGGAAUUGGAAAGAGCAUCUCGUCUUGGGACAUUGUUGAUUCCACUUGAGGAUGUCCGAGCUGAAUGGGAGAGAACCAGUGGCCCGUUCCACAAGCAGCGCAUGGCAGAACACUAUGGGCUAUACAGGGAUUUGUUCGAUAAUGCUACUUUCAUUCCUAUAGUUCCUCUAAGGGUAGAAUACAACCAGGAUGAGGAACAUAUUAUGCCAGUCUAUCAUGGGAAUGUGGUGACCCCCACAGAGGCAUUUAACCUUCCUGAAGUCUCAUUUGAAGCAGAAGAAGGAUCACUCUGGACCCUCUUGCUGACAAACCUGGAUGGACACCUGCUUGACACCAGUAUGGAGUAUGUCCACUGGUUGGUGACAAACAUUCCAGGUAAUAAAGUAGAAGGAGGUGCGGAAACUUGUCACUACUUCCCUCCAUUCCCUGCUAAAGGAACUGGAUACCACCGCUUUGUCUUCCUUCUCUUCAAGCAAGACCAGGCUAUUGAUUUUGAUGAAGAUAAGCGGCCAACACCAUGCCAUAGCCUCAAGAUGAGAACCUUCAAGACCUAUGACUUCUACAAGAAGCAUCAGAACGAAAUGACACCAGCAGGGUUGGCCUUCUUCCAGUGCCAGUGGGAUGACUCUGUUACACAAGUCUUUCACCAGCUUCUCAAUAUGAAGGAGCCAGUAUUUGACUUCGUGCGACCACCCAAAUACCACGCCCCACAGAAGAAGUUUCCACACCGCCAGCCUCUGAGGUACCUGGACAGGUACAGGGACAGCGAUGAGCCCACUUACGGCAUUUACUGAGAGGCCCCCUGAACAGAUUAACUGCUGUGCAACAAGGAGUCCUCCUGCACUUCAUGCAGGUCUGAAAAACAGACGUGUAUGGGCCACAACUGGAUUUGAUUCAAAUUGCCGCUCUUACUCACCGCUUGAAAGAGGAAUAUAGCUUACAUCUCUUGUGAAUAUCUCAGAAGGCUUGUCAAUGUGUUAUAAAGUAUAUUGGUCCUUGCAAUGAAGAAUAAGCCUUGCCAGCAGGCCCAGGAUUGCCCAGUUGAGCUUCUGUCUUGCUUCCUCGGGGACAAAUACCAUGCAUAACCUGCUGCAAACAAAGCAGUUCGCUUUGUGUAUCAGUCAUUGACUCUGCAAAAUAUCUUUAUCUGAAUUGAAUCAGAUAGCAUGUGAAAUCUUGUAAACUACACCAUUUGUCUAACCCUAAAUGUAUGAAUACAUGUUUUUAAAACCAUACUAGACUUUAAUUUGAGAGUUUGGAUAGAAGCAUAUGGAGUCAUCCCACUCUGAGAAAGGUGGCGUACUCCAGUAUUUCAGCUGUUCCUAUCACUUACGGUUUAAGCAAGCAUGAUCCUGUUUGUUGCUCCUGCGGGGCAAAAGUAUGGUAGCCACUUAGAAUGAACUGGGUUAUUGACAGAGUAAGCUUUUAUAAGCAAUAAUCUAUUUCAUGAGAUCCAUGAAAUUAUCUGAGGAACAAGUUAGUAUGUGUAAUGUUUCAUAUGACACUGAAGGAAAAAACCAAAUGAAACAAAUAAUAAAUAUGAAGAUGUGACUCUUGCACUGCCA